AUGGCCGCAAUGACUACAGCACUAAAGAAUGCUCCUAAAGAUUACAAACACCCUUCGGCCGAUAGAGCGAGAACAUCAUUACUUGAUGAUUGUAAGAGAGAAGUUGAGAAAGAGUUUGCUCCAGUAACUGAUACUUGGGUGACUCAAGGGAAAACCAUAGUCUCUGAUGGGUGGACAAACAUUAAAAAGAGACCACUUAUUAAUGUUAUCGCAUCUAAUAGUCGUGGUUCCAUGAUCUUAUAUGCUGAAGAUUUUUUUGGUGUGGAAAAAACAGGGAAAGAGAUAGCUAAUUUUCUGCUCAAAUCUAUCGACGAGAUAGGUCCUACAAAUGUCCUUCAGGUGGUCACAGACAAUGCAUCAAGUUGUAAGUUGGCAGGGAAGGAGAUAGAAAAGAGGCUAGCACAAUGUAGGGAAGCAUUAGCUACUACUGUUGUUGUUAGGUCUUGGAAAGAUUGGGUAAAUUGUGGAGAUAAAAAUGCAAGGGAAUUAGGAAAAGAAAUUACGUCAACUAUAAAAGAUGAAGAGUUUUGGGAAGAAGUUGAUAAUAUUCUGGCUAUUACUAAGCCAAUAGAUCAUAUGAUUAAAUUCGGUGAUGGUGAAGGACAAAAAAUGGGGCAGAUCUAUGAAAAAAUAGACUGCAUGAUUGGGGAGAUAAGAUUUGCUUUGAAUCCUUAUUUGUAUGAUGUAAAUUACUUGCAAUCUCCUGCUCCCGGUGGAGAGCCCAGGCGUGCGCCAAAUUGUGAUUUAGAAGUUGUCCAGGGAGUUCUCAAGGCUUUUGAUAAAAUAGGAGAAGACGGGGAAGAACGAAGAAUCUUGCGUCAACAACUAGCAAAGUUUCAAGAGAAGGAGGACAUGUUUGGCACGCUAGCAGCGAAAGUAGAUGCUGUGACAAUGUCUCCUAUAUCAUGGUGGUCUACAUACGGGGCAGAAGCACCUCAGUUUUCAGAAAUUGCUAUUAAAAUAUUGUCCCAGCCUAUAAGUAGCUCUUCUGCUGAACGCAUAUGGAGCACAUAUUCUUACAUUCACAACCUCAAAAGGAAUCGACUAAAUUCGGUGAGGGCUGACAAGUUGGUUUUUAUUCAUAGCAAUAUUAGACUUCUUUCUCGUUUCACAUCAAGUUACAAAGAUGGGCCAUAUCGAAAGUGGGAUGUUGAUGCUGAUUCUUCGUAUUUUGAUGAUUCAGUUGCAAGACUCGAGGAUUUAAGAUGGAAAGAAGAUGAACUUGAUCAAGAAGAUGGUGUGCCUUCAUCUAAAAGGCAGAUAUAUGAGGAUUAG